CCCAGGAUAAGCAAGACUCGCGUCAAUUCUAUCUACAGCCAUAGAGGUAAUUAGGCAUGGAUGCCUGGACGAAAUAAUAGAAUAUAAAUACCAACCAAAAACACCAAGCAAGAAACCCCAUCGACGCACUCUCACAGCGUCUUCACUCCCCCUCCAAUCCCCCCAAUCCCUCCCCGCCAUAGUGACCGUACCACACUCCACCAUGGCACGCACAAUCCUCCUCACAGCGCUGCUCUUCAGCGCGACCCUCGCUUUCGCCCGCAAGCCCACUCUGGAAGAACGCCAGAUCCCCAAGGAUCCCUCUGGCGUAAUGACGAUCACGUCUCCGCAGGGCGCGAGCAUCCGGUUUAAGCAGCCGGGGAAGCAGGGUAUCUGCGAGACGAAGGAGGGAGUCGAUGAUUAUGCGGGAUACAUUAGUCUGGACGAGAAGACGAAUAUGUUUUUCUGGUUCUUUGAGGCGAGGGAGAAUCCUGGGGAGAAGCCGUUGACUUUGUGGCUUAAUGGUGGGCCUGGGAGUGAUAGCUUGAUUGGGUUAUUUGAAGAACACGGUCCAUGCAACGUCUCCGAGGAUCUGAAAACGCACUGGAACCCCUAUUCCUGGAAUGAGGCAUCCAACAUGUUAUAUCUCUCCCAACCCGUCGGUGUAGGCUUCUCCUACGAGACUACCGAGACCGACAAGGAUGGUCGAUACUCGCUCGUUGAUCCCGAUACCACCAACACGACUGACGCUGCAGCCGUCGGUGCGUGGCAUAUCUUGCAAGCGUUCUUGGAUUUGUCUCCCCAGCUUGAUCCCGAUAUCACGAAUUUUACGUUCAAUAUCUGGACUGAGAGCUAUGGAGGUCAUUAUGGGCCGUCUUUUUACAACUACUUUUACAAGCAGAAUGAGGCGAUCAAGAAUGGGUCAGUUCAGGGAGUUGAGCUUCAGAUGGACACGUUGGGCAUAAUCAAUGGUAUCAUUGAUGAAGACAUUCAAGCACCAUAUUACCCAGAAUUCGCCGUCAACAACACCUACGGCAUCAAAUCAAUCAACGACACAAUCUACACAUUCAUGAAGCAAGCAUACUACAUGCCCGAAGGCUGCCACGACCAAAUCGGCUACUGCAAACAAGUCGACCGAUCCACCGAGUACGGCCAAUACAUCUGCGCCGCGGCCACCAACCUCUGCCGCAGCCUGGUCGAAGAACCCUACUACGCCUUCGGCGGCCGCGGCGUCUACGACAUCCGCCUCUCCUACGAAGCCGGCACCAACGACCCCCCAGGCUACUGGCUCGACUUCCUCAACAGCGCCGCCAUCCAAGAAAUCAUCGGCGUCAACAUCAACUACACCGCCACCAACGCACGCAACGUGUCCCGCGGGUUCUCCCAGACCGGCGACUUCGUCUUCCCCACAUUCAUCACCGACAUCCAGGAGAUCCUCUCCUACGGCGUGCGCGUCGCACUCCUCUACGGCGACGCAGACUACAUCUGCAACUGGUUCGGCGGCGAGGCCGUCUCCCUCGCUAUCAACUACACUAACUCUGCCGCCUUUAGAGCCGCGGGGUACGCUCCGUUCCUCGUCGACGGGGAGGAGUACGGUGCGGUGAGGGAGUAUGGGAAUUUCUCGUUCACGAGGAUUUAUGAGGCAGGGCACGAGGUGCCGUAUUAUCAGCCCAAGGCGAGCUUGGAGCAUUUUAAGAGGGUGCUGGAGAAGAGGGUUAUUGCGGAUGGGGAGGGGGUUGUUACGGGGGAUUAUGGGACGAAUGGGACGGCUGAGUCGACGCAUACAGAGCCAUUUGUGCCGUUGCCUUCGCCGACGGCGUCGAGUACGGGCGGUGCUGGGAAGUUGGUUUGAGGAGAGUCGUGUAAGGGGGGUGUAUAUUGCUUAGUGACGAGCUUAUGGAUGUUGUAUAAUGGUAAUGAUAAUUCUGUUGGUACUUUCGAAUCUGUGAUCAGUGUUCA